UUGGUUGGGUAACUAGGGAAAUGCCCUUUGCUGUGAUUUUAGGUGGAUGGGUAUGGUAGGAACUACUUUGUAUUUGUCUGGUGUCCAUGGUGAUUUUACAUUGGUAGUUCUGUGGGAGGUUGGGCUUGUGUUCAAUGCUACAGAAAGAGUGAGUGUUUAUGAAAGUGUACCUAUAAUAGAUGGGCAGCAAUCAAUAUCUAUUUUGCUGUGCAUUUGUAUCUAUGACCAAGAGUUGUUGAUAUUUGGAAUAAAACAUCAAUCAGUGGAUUAGAGGCUGCAGACAGAUACUGGAAUAUAACUACUCUUAGAAGAAACUGGGAAAACAGGGCCCUGGAUUAGGAUCUAAAGAGACUGAAGAGUAUUCUACCCAGAACUCUAACUCUAAUUCAGUAGCUGAGAUGGAGACCCCAAUGCCGGAGUUGAGAGAUGCGGAGCCAGUGGAGAUGGGUCUCGGUGUCAACGGGUAUCCCUUACAGAACGCCCUCUACAUAAUCUUGGUCCUGCUGGGUAUUGUGGGUAACGCCACGGUGGUUGGCGUAAUUAGUGAGAGCGUAUUCACAGACCCCAGUGGAGGACGUAACUCAGACAUCAUCCUGAUAAACAUGGCCCUCUCCAACCUGCUCCUUUCUCUGCUGAGGAACGUCCUGCUGGUCAUGUCUGACCUGGGGCUGGAGCUGAACUCUUCCAGAGACGGGUGUCACGUCCUGAUGGGGGUGUGGGUGUGGAUUCGCUCAGUCAACGUAUGGUCAACACUCUUCCUCAGUGCUUUCCACUUCCAGACACUGAGGCGCGUGGCCCCUCCCCCUGGGACUGUUCACGGACCCCGCAGGCCCCCCAAGACCCUCCUGAUUAGCCUGGGCCUCAUCUGGUAUCUCAACCUGAUCUAUGCUAUACCUGCACACAUCUACUCUACUAACGGGAACAAGAACAGCACAGAGACCCUGAUUUUGGUCAGCAGCACCACGCGCCCCCUGCUGGGCUGUGUGUGGAACUUCCCCUCCAGCUACAAUACCCUGGCCUACACCACCACCUCCAUGGUGAUCCACGAGAUCCUGCCUAUCAUCCUGAUGGCCAUCACCAACCUGGGCUCCCUCUACACACUCUACACCCACGGCAGGACCCGCAACCCAGCACACAUGACCCAGGACGCGCCCGUCAUCAAGAGGAUACCGGCUGAGAGACGGGCUGCCAAGGUGAUUCUAGCCCUCACCAUCCUCUUCAUUGUGUCUUGGGGAACUAGCAUCAUCUCUAUCAACUACUUAAACUACAAUAAAGGAUCUUCAGACAGGUUUCUCCCGAUAAUAGCUCGCUUUGCCAACAGCAUCUUCAUCGCAUUUUCGCCCAUCGUGCUGGCAGUGGGUCACCGGCGGCUGCGUGCUGUUGUUAAGUCUUUUCUUACUCACUGACAGGUCCCACACCCUGAAUCACACUGCAACUGACAUUAUGGGGAAGCCAGUGGAAAAAUAUUAUACUUCCCUUCACAUAGCCUAAUAAUAAAGUAGACUUACAUGUUUGUUGGUAUUCCUCUAACCAUUGGCAAAAAUGAUGAGGUCAUCUGUGCUCUUUUAAGGUACUUACUACUAACUGAGCAGUAUAUUUUCCAUGUGUGGUAGGAGUCAAAAUAAGAAUACUGGGAGAGAUGGAGGCUCGCACACUGUCGAAAAAACUAAACAUCCAAAACCCCCUUGUGGCCCCCCUAAAUGUGGAGUAUGAAUUAAUUUUUACAUACAGUAACUCAUUUUUGCUAUCAUUCUUUUUUUACAUCCAUUAUUAGACAGUGGCAAAGAUGAUGAUUAUGAACAUGGUCUUCUGCCUGCUAAUGCCUGCAAUGCAGUGAAGAAAACGAUGUCAACAAUAACGUUCUAAUGUAACUUGCACCUCUAACAGUACAACUGGCCCCAGCUUGGCCCCCCCAGUUGAAAUGGUCUAGAACCGCCACUGCAUGGUGCCCAAAAAAUCAGAGUGCAAGAAAGUGCAUAAAUGAAAGUGAAAACAAAACACAAACGUUUCGGCCUCAGGUCAUCAUCAGUUUAACCAUUGGCAACCAUUUUGAUCCUCUUAGGCAGACUGUUUUAACAUGGUGCUAUGAGAGUCAAACCCAUUCAUUUAUUAUUUUAUGACAAUUUCUAAGAAUGUAUUGAUCACUGAGGAAGACCACUGUUUGUUUGUCAGUGAGAUUACAUGAACACAAUUUAUUUCUGGAAACCUGCUCUUUUGUGAGCGACAGAAUGUUUUUGAUGUAUAGACUGUACGUGAAAGGGCACUCCUAUCUAUAGAUAGUUGUUGUUACAUGUUCUGUCUUGUUUGCUCUUUAAAAAACAGUCAAAAUAAAGGC